AUGGACAUCCCUAUAGCAGAAAAUGUCCUGGGAACUGUAGGCGCGCUCCUACCCCAGAUUAUAAUAAAUUACAGAAGACAUGACAUUGAAGGUUUGCAAGGGUCAAUGAUGCUAUUGUGGGCAACUGCCGGGGUCCCUCUCGGGGUGUACAAUAUUGUGGAAGAGUUCAACGUGGCUCUAAGAGUCCAGCCUCAAAUACUUACUACUCUGAGCCUUAUUACUUGGGGCCAGUGCCUAUACUAUGGGAAGAGGUACUCUGUCACGAAAUGCAUUGCCGCGGUGGCACCUCUUUUUCUGAUUCUUGGUGCCAUUGAAGCGGGGUUGAUAUUUGCAUUAAAAGAAGCCAGAUCUCGUGAUAUCAGAUGGCCUCUCAUUUUGAUGGCUGUUCUAAGCGCAUCUCUGCUCUCGGCAGGGGUACUGAGGCAUUACUGGGACAUUUACGUCCACCGAACAGUACGAGGAAUCAGCUUCUUUUUUGUGGGCAUCGACGCCGCUGGUGAUCUGUUUUCUCUCGUAUCUAUUCUAUUCGGGCCGGCUAUUAACAUCCUUGGCAUAGUUAUAUAUGGAAGUGAGUUGGCACUUUGGUUGGGCAUCUUCGCAUGCGGUGGUGUAUUCAACCUCUUGCCUUGGCUUAAAAAGCGUACAAAGAGGCCCAGUGUGACUCCACAGAACACGGUAUCUCUGCAUCCGAUGCCAUCUUCAACCUCAGUCUUCAGAACGGCAUCUGGGCGCGAGGUAGUAGAAAGGCGAGGUUGGCCAAAUGCAUCCGAAACUUAG